AUGAAGCUCACAGCACUCUUGUCGUUACUUCCUUUGGCUCUUGCAGUCCCAGCGCCCCUGGAAAAGCGUGCAAAUCCUACUGUCAUUGCUCCAUCACCUCAAGCUACGGUCGCCGGCAUCAAUAUCGCGAAUGUUGAGUCUUUCAAAGGCAUACCAUACGCACAGCCUCCGAUCGACCAGCUGCGACUAAAACCACCUCAACCCCUGACUUCGUCUCUAGGAAAGGUUGAUGGUACAGGCAGUCCGAAAGCAUGCCCCCAAUUCUUCUUCAGCAUAGAUGAGAGGAACAUCCCCACCAAUAUCCUAGGAACCAUAUUGAACCUGCCACUCCUUCAAACGAUUACGAAUGCCGGAGAAGACUGCCUUACUAUCAAUGUCCAACGUCCAGCUGGCACGAAAGCUGGCGCCAAACUACCAGUACUAUUCUGGAUCUUUGGUGGUGGCUUUGAACUCGGAUCUACUGCAAUGUACGACGGAACCAGCCUUGUAGCCGAAUCAGUCGCUCAAGGCAAGCCCAUCGUCUUUGUUGCGGUCAAUUAUCGCGUGGGUGGCUUUGGUUUCAUGCCCGGAAAAGAGGUACUAGCAGACGGCUCCGCCAAUCUGGGCCUUCUUGAUCAGAGGUUGGGCUUGCAGUGGGUUGCUGACAACAUCGCUGCAUUCGGCGGUGAUCCCGAGAAGGUGACGAUCUGGGGAGAGAGUGCAGGUGCUAUCUCUGUAUUAGAUCAAAUGAUGCUUUACGACGGUGACAAUAGCUACAACGGCAAGCCACUCUUCAGGGCUGGUAUCAUGAACUCAGGUUCGAUCGUUCCAGCCGACCCCGUGGACUGUCCUAAGGGCCAGGCUAUCUACGAUAGGGUUGUGGAAGCAGCUGGAUGCGCCAGCUCAGCCGAUACUUUGGCGUGUCUCCGCACAGUUCCAUACACGAAGUUCCUCAAUGCUGCCAACACCGUCCCUGGUAUCUUGGGCUACUUUACCGUCAAUCUUUCUUACCUACCACGACCGGAUGGAAGAGCCCUCACAGCAUCACCCGAUGCACUGAUCAAGGCUGGAAAGUACGCCAAGGUACCCUUUAUCGUUGGCGAUCAAGAGGACGAGGGUACCCUCUUCGGCCUUUUCACUUCAAAUCUCACCACUACCAGAGAGAUUACGACCUACCUCUCAACCAUCUUCUUCAACAACGCCUCACCAGCACAAGUCGAGCAACUAGUAGGCAGUUACCAAACUAUCACGCAAGACGGCUCGCCCUUCCGCACUGGCCUGCUCAACAACUUUUACCCGCAGUUCAAGCGCGUCUCCGCUCUCCUUGGCGACGUUACCUUCACUCUUACCCGUCGCGUGUUCUUGGAAGUUGCCGCACAAGUCAGCCCAACCGUGCCGUCAUGGUCCUACCUUGCGACAUACAACUACGGCACGCCCAUUCUAGGGACGUUCCAUGGCUCGGAUAUCCUCCAAGUCUUCAACGGCAUCUUGCCGAACAACGCUGCCAAGUCCAUUAGAGGCUACUACUACUCUUUUAUCUACAAUAUGGAUCCUAAUGAGGGAAGCGGACUGAUGAACUGGCCAAGAUGGAGUGAAGGGAAGAAGCUGGUGAACUUUGGAGCAAACAGCAACAGUUACCUCGAUGAUAACUUCAGGAGUGAUACAUACGGGUUCUUGAAAGAUAAUGUUGCGAGCUUGAGAGUUUGA